AUGGCUGUUGUUGUUGUUCCCCUACCGCCUACUCCCUACCACCAACCACCAACCCCCUACCGCCAAACCCUUACCACCAACCCCCUACCGCCUACCCCCAACACCAACCCCCUACCGCCAAACCCUUACCACCAACCCUCUACCCCCUACCGCCAAACCCUUACCACCAACCCUCUACCCCCUACCGCCAAACCCUACCACCAACCCUCUACCCCCUACCGCCAAACCCUUACCACCAACCCUCUACCCCCUACCGCCAAACCCUUACCACCAACCCUCUACCCCCCUACCGCCAAACCCUUACCACCAACCCUCUACCCCCUACCGCCAAACCCUUACCACCAACCCUCUACCCCUACCGCCAAACCCUUACCACCAACCCUCUACCCCCUACCGCCAAACCCUUACCACCAAACCCCUACCGCCUACCUCCUACCACCAACCACCAACCCCUACCGCCUACCCCCAACACUAACCCCUACCGCCAAACCCUUACCACCAACCCCCUACCCCCUACCGCCAAACCCUUACCACCAAACCCCUACCGCCUACCCCCUACCACCAACCACCAACCCCUACCGCCAAACCCUUACCACCAACCCCUACCGCCUACCCCCAACACCAACCCCUACCGCCAAACCCUACCACCAACCCCUACCGCCUACACCCUACCACCAACAACCAACACCCUACCGCCAAACCCUUACCACCAACCCCUUACCGCCUACCGCCUACACCCUACCACCAACAACCAACACCCUACCGCCAAACCCUUACCACCAACCCCUUACCGCCUACCCCCUACCGCCAACCCCUACCGCCUACCCCCUACCGCCAACCCCUACCACCAAAGCCUUACCGCCAACCCCCUAA